AUGGGUCAAGAGCUAUGUGCAAAGAGUCGACAGCCUGGGUGCAGCUGCUACCACCGUUCCGAGGGAGGAGAGGCGCGCAACUGGCCGAGGGGCCAGCCGGUGGCGAAGGAGGCUGCGCUCCAGCUAACAGACCUAAAAGAAGCAUCUUGUUCUAUGACUUCAUUCCACUCCCCGGGGGACCGUCAGGCUGUCAGUGCCGGGAAGUUAAAGAGCAAAAGGCCUCGGAGUAACAGCGAUUCUUUUCAGGAAGAGGAUCUGAGGCAGGGUUUUCAGCGGAGGAAGAGCCUUCCAUUUGGGGCAGCCUCCUCCUACUUGAACUUGGAGAAGCUGGGGGAAGGUUCUUACGCUACAGUUUACAAGGGCAUUAGCAGGAUCAAUGGGCAGCUGGUGGCUUUAAAAGUCAUCAGCAUGAACGCAGAGGAAGGAGUCCCAUUUACCGCUAUCCGGGAAGCUUCUCUCCUGAAGGGCUUAAAGCAUGCCAAUAUCGUGCUCCUACAUGACAUAGUUCACACCAAAGAGACAUUGACAUUCGUGUUCGAAUACAUGCACACAGACCUGGCCCAGUACAUGUCUCAGCACCCAGGAGGCCUGCAUCCUCACAAUGUCAGGCUUUUCAUGUUUCAACUUUUGCGGGGCCUGGCCUACAUCCACCACCAGCGUGUUCUUCACAGGGACCUGAAACCUCAGAACUUGCUCAUCAGUCACCUGGGAGAGCUCAAGCUGGCUGAUUUUGGUCUUGCUCGUGCCAAGUCCAUUCCCAGCCAGACAUACUCUUCUGAAGUUGUGACCCUCUGGUACCGGCCGCCGGAUGCUUUGCUGGGAGCCACUGAAUACUCAUCUGAACUGGACAUAUGGGGUGCAGGCUGCAUCUUCAUUGAAAUGUUCCAAGGUCAGCCUUUGUUUCCUGGGGUUUCCAACAUUCUUGAACAGCUGGAAAAGAUCUGGGAGGUGUUAGGAGUCCCUACUGAGGAUACUUGGCCUGGAGUCUCCAAGCUACCUAACUACAACCCAGAAUGGUUCCUGAUGCCUAAACCACAGAGACUUCAGAUGGUAUGGAACAGGCUGGGUGAGGUUCCUGAAGCAGAAGACCUGGCCUCCCAGAUGCUGAGAGGCUUUCCUCGAGCGCGAGUAUCCGCCCAAGCAGCACUUGACCACGAGUAUUUCCGCGCCCUGCCGCCUCAGCUGUUCCGCCUUCUUGAUGAAGAGUCUUUGUUUACAGUUUCAGGAGUGAGGCUAAAGCCAGAGAUGUGUGACCUUCUGACCUCCUACCAGAAGAGUCACCACCUAGCCCAGUUUGCCAAAUGCUGGUGAAAAGAAGAGGACCAUAUUUAUGCUACUUCAGUUUUCAUUUGCUUCAGCUUACUGAGAAGCUUCGGGUCUAGUGCCACGGGGACCAGAGGUUGUAUCCUGUCACCUCUCACCUGAAAUAUUUUAAAUAUGAUGUUCAAGACAAUGAUACCUAAUAUUUGAAAACAAUCAAUGCAUGGCUAUUGCUAUUGUCAUUGCCUAGAGUUUAACAGUGACUGGCUCAAAUAGAGGGCAUAGUCUGAGAAGAAAACAUUGGAAUGAUUGCAUAUGUUUUGCUGCAGAGAUCCCUGCACAACCAAAUCGAUUUCCCAAUAGGACAGGUGGGAGACUGAUAUUUGAAGGAAUUUGGAGAUGGAAUGGGUACUUGUAGAGCCCUGUCUCUCUUGCAUUCACUUACAGUCUUCCCCAACCAAAGAACUUCUGUAGCAAGGAGAGGAUUAAUCUGAAGUUGAGAAAAGUCUCCCAGGAAGAUGGCCAAAAGAACUUGCUUAGGAGUGUUUGCAAUGAUUUCCCAGGGGAUACUUCUGCUUUCACUAGCUGGGUUAUCCAAACACAUUACUACCCCGUCCCAUGCAGAUUUUAAAAGUUAGGAUUGAGCUGCUAGGUAGAAUUGAAUUCCAGGCUGUCUCCUUUUACUGAAUUUUAAUUGUGGGGAUAGCAAAAGGAUAUUAAACCUAAACUUCCAUUUGAUGAUGGAGAUACUGAAUAAACAAAUAAGAGCAAAGAAUUCCAAAGAUGUAAUUCAAGCCCUGUUGCACCAUCAGACACACAUGUGUGCACACACAUAACCCUCAACUGAAAGAGGAGACCUGUCUUGCUGAGGUGUAUGCUAUUGUCUACAAUGACUCCAAAAGAAACUGAGGAAGCUCAAAUUGCUUCUGUCAAGGAAUUAUCUCAGGAAAUGUAGUAGUUUGGAGACCUCUACAUAUCUCUUAGAAGAACAAAAGGGACCAAUUAAGAGAGAAUUAAAAAGUAGUAACUAUCCACCCAGUGUCUGAGUUGGAGGAAAGACACAGAGUUCAUAGAAGCCUUGUUUCUGGAGUAUCGCUAA